AUGAUAUCGAGGAGAGCGAAAAUACUUUAUGACGAGUCUUUGAAUCCAUUCGCUGAACCGCGCACAUCUGUCGCGUUCUCAGAGCAGCUCAGAGACAAAUUGAAACAAAUGGGAUUCGGUGGCGACACGGAAAAACCAGUUGGAAUUGAGUUUGAUGAUAUCGUCGCUGCCUCAUUUCGAAUCCGAAAAGGGGUCGGAAAGACGCCUUGCGAGAAAUGCAGUAUUCCAGAACUUAGUACCAUGGAAGUGUUUUUUAAAAAGGAAAACCUGCAUCCGUCAGGGAGCUUUAAGGAAAGAGGAGCAAUCAAUUCCUUGUUACUAUUAUCUGAGGAUCAAAAAGACCGAGGAGUCAUAACGGCCACUCCUGGAAAUCACGGAAUAGCACUUGCGUUUCACGGGCAAGCCUUAGGGAUUCCCGUCCACGUGGUUUUACCUGAACAGUCACCUUUGAUCAAACAAACGAUGUGCAAGAAAUUUGGCGCCAGCAUAAUCAUAAAGGGAAGCAACCAAGCGGAAGCAAAAGAGUUUGCUACCAGCAUGGCAACGGAAAAGCGUCUAGCUUAUAUCGAAGGGCACGAUCAUCCUCACGUUAUCAGUGGGCAGGGCACCAUUGGAUUAGAAAUCAUUGAUCAAGUGUGCAAUGUGGAUGCAGUUGUCCUCCCAGUAGGGGGAGGAGGAUUGCUGGCUGGUGUUGCUCUCGCUGUCAAGACAGUGUACCCAGAUGUUCAGAUAAUAGGUGUUGAAUCAAAGAGGUGUCCAAGUUUUCAGACCGCAAUUGAUGCUGGUCAUCCUGUCACGCUAAAUAUCGAUCACCCUUCAGCUUUGACAGACGCGCUGAACCUUCCUAAAGUGGGGAAAAACGCUUUUCAUAUCGCAACAGGACUUGUAGACAAACUUGUAGCUGUCAGUGACGAUCAUAUUAGUUUAGCCGUACUGAAGCUCAUAGAAAAUGAACGUGCCGUCACUGAGGGAUCUGGGGCAGCCGGUGUUGCAGCCUUGCUGGGUGGGUAUCUACCAGAGCUUCAUGGCAAACGAGUAGUCGUGCCUCUUUGUGGUGGAAAUAUCGAUCCGUCUGUACUAAGCUCUUGUAUUGAGAAAGGACUUGCACUAGAGGGGAGACUGGUGCGAUUUACAAUUACCAUUGACGAAAAAUCGGGAGGACUGGCACAAAUAAUUACGUUACUAGCCUCCGUGAGCGCACGGAUACGAGAUAUGACUCAAGAACAAAUUCUGACUGACAACAAUAUGUUUACGUUGAAGUGCAACAUUUUGGUCGAGGUUAGAGAUUCCAAGCAUGCGCAGAGUGUCAAGACUUCCCUUGAGUCUUAUUACAAAGAUGUGUUAUGGAACGCCACGAUAAAGGAAACGGCUUAA